AGGACACUUAGUGAAUUUUUUUUGUUUCUUUUUAUUUCUUCUCAUCAUCGAAGCCCUGCACUCUAUCUUCGUCAUUCCUUCCUUCCUACCAGAGCACCAAAUAACAAAACCCUAGCCGCUUCUUCAAUCUCCCCGUCAUUGUGCCCUCCUUCAUCGUGCGCCACUGUCACCGUCUCACUCGUCUGCUCAUCGUUCUUAGUCGUGCUCUGCCGCCGUUCAUCCAUCUCGCAGCUCUUCCUUGUAAGGUUGUGAAAACCCUAGCCUCCACCGCGCCGCCAUAAAUCUCACCGUCGCCGCUCGUCGCGCUCAAGAUCGCCACUAGGUUCAUCGUUCUCGAGGUCCCUCGAUCCCUCGUUCGCCAAUGUUUUCUUUCCAGUCCCGUUUCGCAGUUCUUCGCCGUCGUCCUUUGUAGUGUUUGUCGCCAGCUCGCCGUCUUCGAAGGUCCAUGCUCUGUUCGUGGCUCACUGUAAUAGUGUAAUGACAUUGUUCGGUUUUUUGCUCUGUUCCUAAGGGUUAUUGAUCUUUGAAUUAUUCUUGAAUGUUUUAUGUUUUCAAUUUUUCAUUCAUUGAUUAAUUGAUUGUUGAUUAGCUCUUACUGCUGUUUGUGAUUAUUAAUUGUAAAUAUGCUGCUGUGCUGCUGUUCUUUGUGCUUUUGUGACUUAAUUGUGAUUAUAUUGUGCUGUUUGUGAUUAUUUCAUCCUAUAUUAUUGUUAGUUAACUGGUUUUAAUUUUGUUCCUGGGGUUUGAGUUUCUUCUCCAAACUCCCCGGUUGCCUUUGCUCCCUCUGUCUUGGUCCAGAGAUUCCGUCUCCACAGGUCGUUUUAUUACUAUUUUAUUUUAAUUAACGAGAUUGAAGUGGAUGUACUAUAAUUGCUUGAGGUGUGUGAUAUAUUUGAUUAAUGUGAAUGAAGAACACUAGGUUGAGUUGAAUUGAAUUGAAUCAUGGAUAAGAGCAUGUUAACUGGUUUGGAAUCACUUCCAGAAGUUGAUCAGCAAAGAAUGGUGUCCAUGAUGUAACAGGUUCAAAUUUAUGAUAGUUGCAGGUUCGGAUAUAUAUCAGGAGACUCUUGCCAAGGCACUUGCAAAGCAUUUUGGUGCAAGGCUACUAAUUGUGGAUUCCCUUUCACUACCUGGUGGAACUCCAUCAAAGGAAGUUGAUUCUGCUAAAGAAAGUUCAAAGCCUGAACGACCAUCUGUGUUGGCCAAGAGAAGUACACAUGCUGCUUCUUUAAAACAUAGUAAACCAGCUUCUAGUGUUGAUGCUGAAAUUGUGGGUGGAUCCACAAUAAGUUCUCAGGCUAUGCUGAAGCAGGAGGUUUCUACUGCUUCAUCAAAAGGCACUACUAUUAAAACAGGUGAUCGAGUAAAAUUUGUUGGUAACUUCCCUUCUGCUGUCUCAUCAAUACAAAAUCAUCCUUCAAGACUUCAAUUGAUGCUGCAAACUAUGACAGGGUGAUGUUACUGGGUGGAAGAGCGCCAGAGUAUCUUGCUCAUGAUCCUCUUGUGGCACUGGUGAUCAAGCUUUUCAGUUCUGGAAAAGCACUUACUUCCAUUUGCCUCAGACAGUUGAUUCUGGCGGCUGCAGGUGUAGCUAAAGAUCACAAGUUUACCGCUUUUCCUCCUGUUAAACCAGCACCGGUUGCCUCUGGUGCUUAUUGGGUUGAACCAGACACUAGCAACAGUGGUGGAUGGUAAUCUCAUUACUGCCGCCACUUAUGAAGGGCACUCUGAAUUUAUUCAGCACUUUGUAAAGGCACUAGCAGGCAACAUAAGUGGCUCCAACAAAAAAAUCCUCUUUCUUUGUGGGGUAUGUUCAAAUGAUUUUCAGGCACAUACAACUGAUAGGAACUUAGUACUCAGGGCACUAAAGUCUUUGUUUAUUCUCUUUUCUUUUAUUUAUUUUAAUUUUAGACUUAAUUUGUAAUCCUCUUUAUAUUCAUUGAUACAUGGAAAUUAGUAGUUUAGACUUUAGACAUGUUUCAUUUUUUUCUCUAUUGUUGAAUGAUUGUUCAAUUGGAUAGUUGGAUCUA